AUGGCACAAGACUGUCAUGCUCCACCUAGUGAUGCACCCACACCUAAUCAAUUCCGGGGACACAAUUGGGCACCCCAAGAGGGAUACCAGAGGAACACCGCCCAAGUGCAGGUGUAUUCACUUACGUUGGGGGAUGUAGAGGAUACCGACAACAUGGUGACAGGUACUAUUUCAAUUUUGUCACAUAGAGCUAUUGUGUUGUUUGAUUUAGGGGUGACACAUUCAUUCGUAGCUCGGGAGUUUGUUAAAUUAUGUGGAAUAGAAGCUCAGCCAUUGACCGUAGAUUUAUCAGUGGCUACACCGACAGGAACAGUAGUGGUGUGUAGGAGGGUACUUAAGGAUUUUUCGAUCAGUAUUCAGGGAAGGACAUUGCCUGCUAAUCUAAGGGUCCUCAUCAUGCAUAGAUUUGAGGUGAUUCUAGGAAUGGACUGGCUAACUUUCGGCUAUGCCAGUAUUGAUUGCUACAAGAAGGAGGUGGUGUUCAGACCUCCUAGGGAGCAGGAGUACAGAUUUUUGGGGUUGUGCGUGCGCGCCUCCCCACCGAUUCUAUCAACCAUGCAGGUUAGAAGGAUUCACAACGUCUUUCACGUGUCAAUGUUGAGAAAGUACGUUCCAGAUUCUUUGCAUGUGAUAAGCUAUGAUAUCUUGGAAGUUAGAGAUACCUUAUCUUAUGAUGAAGUUCCAGUUCAGACAUUAGAUUGGAAGGAACAAGAACUUCGUACUAAAAAGAUUUCGUUAGUGAAAGUGCUCUGGCGUAACCACGCAGUAGAGGAAGUUUCAUGGGAAUUAGAGGAGGACAUACGUCAGAGGUAUCUGUAG